AUGACGCGCGGUGCGCGCGCGGGCGCGGCGCGGGGGCGCGUGGGGCGAGCGCACGACGGGGAUGACGCGAAUGGGACGCGUGGGGCGGCGGCGGACGACGGCGACGACGACGCGCGCGGGGACGAUGGACGCCACGCGCGGGCGUCGACGGACGCGAUUGAAGUCUCGGACGCGACGGGUGCGGACGGGGAGGAAGAGGAGUACGAGGAAUACGAGGAAGAGGUGGAUUACGAGUUUGACGAUUACGUCGGCGACGCGAAGGCGGCGGCGGCGCGGUUACGACCGGAUUUUACCUGGGACGCGUGCGAGCGCUCGGUGCGUCGAGCGGUGGAGGGGGGCGGGGUGGAGUAUGCGGCGGUGGGACGGGGGGCGGUGGACGCGCACUCGGCGGUGGGGACGAUUGUAGCCUUGGCGUCGUUUUGGAGCGCGCGGGCGAUUCGGAUGGAACUCGAAAAGCGGGAGAAAACGACAUCGGUCGUCGGUGGGGGGCGGGAGAUGUCCGAGGAAGAGCGGAUGCGAGAGCUGGAGCUGCGACGCGAACGGCUGGCGCGCGAGGCGGAGGCGGAGCGCGAGCGGCGGGCGACGCGAGACGCCGAGGAGGCGGCGGAGCGCGAGAGGCGGGAAGAGGCGGCGCGAUUACGAGCGGAGGCCGAGGCCCAGGCGGCGGCGGAGGAAGAGAAACGGCGGGAGAAGAUGCGCGCGGAGUUGAGACGAAAGAACGCCGAGGAGAAGGAGCGACUGGAGGCGCGGCUCAAAGCCGAGGCCGAGGCCAAGGCGGCGCAGUUCGCAGCCGAGCAGGCUGAGCGCGAGAAGAAGCGACUCGAGAGAGAAAAGGCUGAGGCUGAAGAGAUGGCGCGGCGUCAGGCGGUGUGCGACGAGCGCGGAGAGAUGGAGUUUACGGUGAGCGCUGACACGGAGGUGGUGAUGAAGCGCGACAACGCGAGCGCCCCGGUGGAGGUCAUCGUCACCGCGCGCGUCGGUAUCUCCGCCGGUUCCACCGAGAGUGCGUCAUUCAGGAGCGCAGAAGAGGCUCGUGUCGCCGCUCUCCCGCUGUGCUCCACGGUCGCUUCACAAGCCAUGAUUGCCUACUCAUCGGACGCGCGUCUGCAGGACAUGAUGGGAAACGGACCGCUAAGCAAACUCCCUGGGAUGGAUGACUUGGAAUUCGAGCACUGGACUCGUGUGAUGCAGGCGCGAUUGGAUAGUGAGAUGCGUACCGCGAUCGUCCGGAACGGCGCCGCUCUCGAGGUGAAGCUGCGCGAGCAAAAGAAGGGUGGAUCGGAGAAGAGCAAAGCGACGACGAGAUUCAAGCGACGAUGCCUUCCGGCAGAGGACGAGGAGAACAUCGUGCGAAGGAUGGAAUUGGCCGUGGACGCCGUGGCGGGUGAAAUCAUAGAAGAGUUCGAGGCCCCGGCGGGUGGAUGCGAGACGGCGGCGGAGAUUCUCGCGGAGAUUGAAUUCUACGAGCUUGGACAGCUCCACGGCUUGCACCCGUCAAUCGUCUUUCCGGCGGAGCACCCAAAGACGGGCCUAUCAGGCGAACUCAUGGCGUCCAUGUUGACGCUGUCGCACUUCAUCAAGCGUGCGAAUCGCGCGUUCGAAGACGACCCGCGAGUGAGCGAGCGAGCGAGGCAGCUCGCCGCAACGCUCGUGGGGAAAUCGGCGAGCAAGCAAGGGUCGUGGCGAGCGAUGUACCUGGACGGGUUCACGGGCGAUACGCUCACUGCGGCUUCCGCGAUGGCUGACACGGUACUUCCCGAAGACGACGCCAUUCGCGCAUUCCUCAAUGGCGCUGUCGAGGAGCAGCGAAGAAGACUCGCCGGUGAGGAGCGCGAGUACGAGGAGGAGUGGCCUGACGCUGAGAAGGUUCGUAAGAUGCGCCUGGCGGAGAUGCGAGAAAAUCAACCCAUCACCGAGCGUCUAUACGCCCUUCGCACGGCGGCGUUACAGUUGGCGCAAUCCGGAUCGAAGGACCAGGCGCGUAAGAUGCUUGAGGAGGCGUGCGAGCUCCGAAAGAAUGAUGUGAAAAAGAACAACAAGGAUCCGGAGAACACCGCGGAGACACUCCCAGAGCUCAUCGCCCUGUUGCACGUGCUGGAGACCAGAGAGGCGUGGAUGGACGAUUGCCGCACGUGCAGACGCGAGGUCCUGCGAUGUGUUCGCGUCGCUGUGGACGAAAUCGCGAACGAAGGCGAUAUCGUCGCUGCGGCCGCCCUCCUUGAAAGCGCCUUACACGAGUACGAGCCGUUCCUUGGCGCCGAAGACGAGUGCAUGCUCGAGUACCGCGCGAUAGAAGAAGCUCUCUGGCUCCGCGCCGACGUCGACGUCGAGGAGCGCGAAGACGCCGUGGCUCAAAUAGCCGGCACUGUCGGGGCAAUCGCAAUGAUUACCGAUAGGUACAGCAAGGAGAUCGAGUCCAGGCGUCGUCCGUAA